AUGAAGCUGCUCACAACUCUCCUCUUGGGCCUCGUACUUGGCCUCGGUGCAUCACUACCACUUGCAGAUGUAACUGGAGAAGGUGGGGCAUAUGCAACUCUACCAGACCGAUGUGAUGGAAUAGAGUUUGAUGCAAUCACUCCAGAUGAGAAAGGAAACACGAUCUUCUUUAAAGGUGACCACCUUUGGGUGGGUUUCCACGGUCCAGCUCAGCUCUCUAAUGAGUUAUUCAAGGAACUUGAUGAUGAUCAUCACAUUGGCCAUGUUGAUGCAGCCUUUCGAUUACACAACCCAGAGAAUCAAGAUGACCAUGAUCACGUUUAUUUCUUCCUGGAUGACAAGGUGUUUAGCUACUAUAAUCAGACUCUUGAGAGCGGGUAUCCAAAACCGAUACAGGACGACUUCCCAGGAAUCCCCUCUCACCUGGAUGCAGCUGUGGAGUGUCCAAAAGGGGAGUGUGUGGCCAACUCAGUUCUGUUCUUCAAGGGUCAUGAUGUGCAUGUAUAUGACAUCGACACAAAGCUGGUCAAAAUAAAGACGUGGUCUGAUUUGCCUGUGUGCACAUCUGUUUUGCGUUGGCUGGAGCACUACUACUGCUUCCACGGUCACAACUUCACCAGAUUCAACCCGGUCUCAGGAGAGGUGAGUGUCGGUGCCUACCCAAAGGAUGCCCGCAGAUACUUCAUGAAGUGUCCCGGCUUUGGCCAUGGAGGUGAUUAUAAAACCCCUAAAUGCAGCGAAGUUAAAUUAGAUGCCAUCACCACGGACGACGAAGGCAAAAAAUACUUUUUUGCAGGACCAAUCUACAUGCGUCUGGACAGUCACCGAGAUGGUCUUCACGCCUUCCCAAUUACAAGAGCGUGGAAGGAGAUGAUCAAUGGGGUGGAUGCUGUUUUCUCCUACACUGAUAAAAUCUACAUGAUUAAGGAAGAUCAAGUCUACAUCUUUAAAUCAGACGCACACAACACCCUCAUCGAAGGCUACCCUAAAUCCCUGAAGGAAGAGUUGGGUAUCGAAGGACCUGUGAGUGCUACCUUUCUGUGCCCCAAUGAACAUACAGUUCACAUAAUCAAAGGCGACAGGAUUUUAGGCGUUGACCUCUCAGCUACACCAAGAGCAGUGACCACAGACUUUCCGCUGCCUAUUUCAAACAUUGAUGCUGCUUUUUGCGAUGAUAAUGGAGUCAAUGUGUUCAAAGGCUCCACUUACUACCAUUACGAGAGUGCCUUCACACUGUCUGUGAGUAGAAUAGCCCCUUUUGCUGAAAAUAUUACCCCAGCGAUGAUGGGCUGUGAGGAGUAG